CAGAGACAAACCUCAGAUCCUGGGAAUAGGAUCACAUAAAUAAUUCCUCCUUAAAACAACCACCAUAUCUCACUCUUUUUGUUCCCCAAUCUACAACGUAAGAAUAUGCCUAAUCUCUCCUCUCGAUCUCUCUCUUUUUCUCCCCCCUCUCUCUACAGUUCUUCAUGUCUUGAUUGAAUGGAAAGCCAAGUCUCUCUCUCAUACACCAAAGUGUGAAUGUGAAGACAACGACAACAAUAAUACCCAGAAAGUGUUCCUUCAAGAGCCAGCAAAAUCCAUACCUCUGGUUAAUUCCUGAAUAUUCAUUCUCUUCAAUACCAUCGUAGCCAUUCUCAAAAUUUUGUAUUUUGCGGUUCCUUUGAUCUGGGUAUUUCAGCUGAGACGGGGUUGAGCUUUCGUGCUAUAUACGAGUGUUGCAUUGGACCGUUUAAUUUCUAGGUUUCCCCGGUUGGGUAUUCUGUCGGAUCUCGAAAGACCAUGGCAUUGUUCCGCAAGUUCUUUUACCGGAAGCCGCCGGAUGGACUCUUGGAGAUCUCUGAAAGGGUUUACGUCUUUGACAGCUGUUUCACUACGGAUGUUUGGGAAGAAGAUGAGUAUAAAGUCUACAUAGGAGGAAUAGUUGGUAAACUCCGUGAACACUUCCCUGAUGCUUCAUUCAUGGUCUUCAACUUCCGAGAAGGAGAGAACCAAAGCCAGAUUAGUAACAUAUUGUCCGAGUAUGAUAUGACGGUGAUGGAUUAUCCACGACACUAUGAAGGCUGCCCGUUGCUCACAAUGGAGAUGAUCCACCACUUUUUAAGAUCAAGUGAAAGCUGGUUGUCACUUGGGCAACAAAAUUUGCUCUUAAUGCACUGUGAACGAGGUGGAUGGCCGGUUUUGGCUUUCAUGUUGGCUUCUCUAUUGAUUUACAGGAAGCAGUACACCGGGGAACAAAAAACUCUGGACAUGAUUUACAAACAAGCACCUCGGGAACUUCUGCAGUUGAUGUCACCACUGAAUCCAAUGCCUUCACAACUGAGGUACCUUCAGUACGUCUCCAGACGAAAUGUCGGCUCAGAAUGGCCUCCAUUGGAUAGGGCUCUUACAUUGGACUGCAUUAUUAUGAGAUUCCUUCCUAAUAUGGAUGGAGAAGGUGGUUGUUGUCCAAUAUUUAGGAUAUACGGACAGGAUCCUUUUAUGGCUGCUGAUCGGACAACCAAAGUUCUGUUCUCAACUCCAAAGAAGAGCAAAAUUGUUCGACACUACCAGCAGGCAGAUUGUGAACUUGUUAAAUUCGACAUCCAUUGCCAUGUCCAAGGUGAUGUUGUUCUUGAGUGCAUUAGCCUGGAUAAUGAUCUGGAACGUGAAGAGAUGAUGUUUCGAGUUAUGUUUAAUACUGCCUUUAUACGCUCAAAUAUUUUGAUUCUUAACGGGGACGAAAUUGACAUCUUAUGGAAUGCCAAGGAUAAGUUUUCUAAGGAUUUUAGAGCAGAGGUUCUUUUUUCGGAGAUGGAUGCUGCAAAUUCUCUUAUUUCAAUUGAUUGCCCUGGAAUCGAGGAGAAAGAAGGCCUUCCAGUGGAAGCAUUUGCUAAAGUACAAGAGAUUUUCAAUAAUGUAGAUUGGCUUGAUCCCAAGGUAGAUGUAGCAUUGAAUGUGCUGCAACAAAUCAAAGAAUCAGAUUUUCUUCAGGAAACAUCAAAAAACAUUUCUGUGCCUACUGCAGAAGGUAUUUCGUUGCCGGAUUCCACUCCAGAAAAUCAAAAAUCAGAAUCAAAGGCAUCAAAGGCUCAGGGGAAACAACCUAUGCAAUCUUUUGAAUCAUGUCUAGAUUCUGAUUCAGUUAGGAAGAAGAUUGAACCUCAAGAGUUACAGGUUGCACUCCAACGGCCUGCACAAUCUAAGAUCAUAUCCCAAAGAGGACGUCCCACUUCCCUAUCAGCUCCGGCUUCUUCACAAGGCUCACCUGUCAAUAUAUCAAGAUACCACAGUGCGCCAUCGGCCCUUGGCAUUACAGCUUUGUUGCAAGAUCAUGCUGCGUCUAAUAGUGAAGUAGUCAAGCAUGCAGUGACAAUGGCUUUACCUUCUCCCGCUCAUUCUAUUUCAAAUAUAGCUAAACCUGUACGGCCAACAAAAGAACCCACUCCUUCAAAGCUAACAACUUCACAUGCCUCUUUCUCAUUACAGUCUUCAAUUGAUGCUACAAAAGAACCCACUCCUUCAAAGCUAACACCUUCACAUGCCCCUUUCUCAUUACAGUCUUCAAUUGAUGUUACAAAAGAACCCACUCCUUCAAAGCUAACACCUUCACAUGCCUCUUUCUCAUUACAGUCUUCAACAAAUGUUCCUAUAAAUUACGGAAAAACUUCUGCAGCUUCUCCAUCUCAGUUGAAGCCUCUAUCAAUUUCAAGUGCCAAAGAUUCUUCACCUACUCAACAUCCUGGGACCACAAUACAGUCAUCAAUACCUCCUCCCUACUCUCCUCCACCCCCUCCUUUUUAUGGGGCAUCUCCAUCCGAUGCUCUCAAGAGUUCUUGUUCAAUCCCCCCUUCUCCUCCUUUUUCUGAGGUAUCUCCAUCUUCGUCUAUCAAGAACUCAUUUUCAGCUCCCCCUCCUCCGCCUCCACCCUCUUCUUUGCCGGAAACACCCUUGACUUCCACAAUAAAAAACUCAUUUUCAACUCCCCCACCCCCUCCUCCACCUCCUCUUUCAGAAACACCACCAUCAUUUCUCAAGACCUCACUUUCAGGUUCCCCUCCUCCUCCUCCUCCACCCCCUGCUAUUCCAUCUUCAAAUGCUUGUGCUGUUGAUUCUGCGCCGUGUGUGAAGAACGCAGCAGUUACAUCUGCUUCCCCACCGCCUCCACCUCUUCCACAUUCUGGGCCUGCCUCAGGUCCUACUAAAAUAUCUUCAGCACCAUCCCCACCACCACCGCCACCACCUUCCCUUCCUCCUAAUUCUGCCAUGAAGGAUUCUUCCUCAAAGAAUUCUGCCCAUGCUCCUCCUGUACCUCCUCCUCCAGCUCCCUUUGCCAAAGCUGGCAGUGCCUCUCCACAGUCUCACUCUAGAGCUAGUGCUGGAAAUGUGCCUCCAAUUCCUGGACCACCUUCCGGUGCUACAUUAAGUUCAAAGGUGGGCGUAUCACGUUCAAGUCCCAGAAAUCAGGCUCCUCCUAAAAAGUCCAAUCUUAAGCCGUAUCAUUGGUUAAAGUUGACAAGAGCGAUGCAAGGAAGUUUAUGGGCUGAAGCGCAGAAAACUGAUGAAGCUUCCAAGGCUCCAGAUUUCGACAUGUUAGAACUUGAGAGUCUUUUCUCAGCAGCUGCGCCAAAUUCACAACAAGGAAGAACAGGUGGAAAAUCGAAUCGCCUCGGCUCUGGAUCAAAGUCUGAAAAAGUUCAGCUGAUUGAGCUAAGGCGGGCAUAUAAUUGUGAAAUUAUGCUUACUAAAGUUAAAGUCCCUUUGCCUGAAUUGGUGAGUUCAGUCCUUGCGUUGGAUGAAUCAGCACUAGAUGUUGAUCAGGUUGAGAAUCUCAUAAAGUUCUGUCCAACGAAAGAAGAGAUAGAUUUGCUAAAGGGUUAUGGUGGAGAUAAGGAAAACUUGGGGAAAUGUGAACAGUUUUUCUUAGAAUUGAUGAAAGUGCCGCGGGUGGAGUCAAAGCUGAGAGUUUUCUCCUUUAAGAUACAAUUCCAUUCUCAGGUUUCCGACCUUAGAAAUAAUUUGAAUAUUGUCAAUUCUGCAUCUGAAGAGACCAGAAAUUCGGCCAAGUUGAAAAGAAUCAUGCAAACCAUUCUUUCCCUGGGUAAUGCUUUGAACCAUGGAACUGCAAGAGGCUCUGCAAUUGGAUUUCGAUUGGAUAGUCUCCUCAAACUCACUGAUACGCGAGCCCGGAAUAACAAGAUGACUCUCAUGCAUUAUCUUUGUAAGGUGCUUGCUGAAAAGUUGCCAGAACUUCUUGAUUUUCCAAAAGAGCUUGAGAGUUUGGAGGCUUCAACAAAGAUACAAUUGAAAUAUUUGGCGGAGGAAAUGCAGGCCGUUAGUAAGGGGCUGGAGAAAGUUGUACAGGAAUUGUCUGCCUCAGAAAAUGACGGUCGUGUUUCGAAUGAAUUUUGCAAGAUUUUAAAGGAGUUUCUUAGCUAUGCUGAAGCUGAAGUGAGGUCUUUGGCUUCACUUUAUUCUGGUGUGGGUAGAAAUGCAGAUGCAUUGGCUCUUUAUUUUGGGGAAGAUCCAGCCCGUUGCCCAUUUGAGCAAGUCGUAUCUACCCUGCUCAACUUUGUGAGGAUGUUUGUACGAGCACACGAAGAAAACUGCAAAUACAUUGAGCUCGAAAAGAAGAAAGCACAGAAGGAGGAAGAAAAUGAGAAGCAGGUAGCGUUGGGUGCUUCCAAAAAGGAGUCCGUAAACCUGAUGCGGACUACCAUCAAGAGUGAUGGUGUAGCUAGCUGAGAGAUUUUAUUUUUAUUUUUAAGUGUGAUGCUGGAGCUGCAUGCAUAUAUGGAGUCCUAUUCAAUGAGCCCGGCCUUCUGAUCAUAUGCUGAUCUUCGGAAAUUUUGCAGUGAAAUUUUCCGUUAAGAGUUGUGACAACCCCACCUGAUCUUAUCCCCCUUCCUAGCUAGCUCGUUUCUAAUUCCAUCAUUAAUAUUUUAUCUGCAUGUAUAUUUUUUGGAUGUUAGGAUGUAAAUGUCGAUAUAUAUACACAUAUAUAGAUAGAUCAUUAAUGUUACGAAUAUAUGACUAGAAAUUAAGGGCAAUAUUUCAUCUUUCUGAAAA